AUGAAGCGACCAAAUGCUAUAAAAACUCAUCUACCUUUCGAUCGUGUACCAUACAAUUCUCAAGCGAAAUAUAUAUGUCUAAGCCGAAACAUAAAAGAUGUUUGUGUCUCAUUAUACCAUCACAUAAAAGCCCGGCCUCGUCUCCAAUUUGAAGUUGAUACAUUUGAUGAAUAUUUUGAAUUAUUUAUGAUCGGUGAAGUGCCUCAUGGCGAUUAUUUUGAUCAUUUAUUUGCCAUCUGGAACCAUCGUAAUGAUCCUAAUGUUAUUGUCCUUCUCUACGAACAAAUGCAACAAGAUAUUCAAUCAACAAUUAAAAAAUUAGCUCAAUUUCUUGGGGAAAAAUAUACGAAAAUGUUGGAUGCUGAGCCUCAAUUAUUGGAUCGAAUUGCAAAACUCUCAAGUUUUACCUAUUUAGAAACCAAUAAUAUUGAUGUACUACCUUUCCGAGGAGAUAGAAGAAAAGGAAAAGUCAAUGGUUGGAAGGAAGAAUUGACACCAGAACAGAGCAAACGGCUAGAUCAACUGUUUGCAGAGAAAACAAAAGAUCUACCAGAACUAAACAAGUAUUGGUCACAAUACACAACGUCAAUUGAAGACGAACCAUUUCACUAG